GGAAGGGCUGCUUCUGGCUUGUUCUGUGCUUGAGGGUCACUCCUGGCAAAACUUAGGGUACAGUGCAUGGAUAGAAACUAGACCUCCUUCCUGAAGAACAUGCCCUUAGUUCGUUGAGCUACCUCUCCAACCAGGAAGUUAUUUCUUAACAAAAUUACCCAAGAUAUUCUUCCUCUAUUCUAGACAGUCCAACUUAUAAAAGUUAUUCAUUGACUUAAAUACUGACUAGGGUGUGGCUCAGAGAUAAGGAACUGAAAGUCUCCUACAAGUCUAGUGUAGAUGAGCUCUUUCAGAGAAGUUCUACCUUUCAUGUAGCUGUUUUUCAAGAAAGGGGUGGAAAACGCUCAAGAAUUGUCUGUUCCAUUAAGGCACAUUACAAAAGGUGGACACCUCUGCUGGUCUACCAGUGUUUUUGACUUCCUGUUGAACUGAAAACAUUGUUUUGUGCAAAAGCAAAGCCAAGCAUUUGAAAUGAAGAAUCACCCAUCUUUUAAGGAACAAACAGAAUGCAUUGUAAACUUUCUGCUCCAAGAAUUCAGCGGAGUGCAGUGUGCUGCUAAUCGAAUGUCUUUUGGAGAUGAAACAGAUUCAGGAGGUGCUCACUCUUUUGAUGUGGCCAUCAUUGCCGGUCGCCUUCGGGAACUGGGCGACAAGUUCAAUGGGGAUUUGGAAGCUUCUGCCCGAAGUAUUGCAGAAACCAGUCUAAGACAGGAGGCAGGAACUAAAUUCCAGGAAGUAGUGGAAUCUCUCAGCAAGACCUGGUGUGCUCAGGAUCCUAGCUUAGUUUAUGAAAGAGCUUUCCUGGCAGUGUCAGUGAAACUCCUGGAAUAUGUGGUCCGUAAAGCUCCUCAAAUAUCAAGGCAACUGGCUACCUCCAUGACAAAUAUGAUUGAUCAUGGCCUCCAGGAGUACAUCCAAGGCCAGGGAGGCUGGGAAAAUCUGGAGAGCUGAAGAAGAGGUCGUGCUGAUUUCCAGCUAAGCAUUGCUUCCUCGUGGACCAGGAAUCGAUUUCUACUGACUAAAAUGAUGCCCAAUGAUGAUCUCACCCAACUGCAGUGUGCAGAGAAAUCAACCAUUGGCCUUGGGUUGCAAAAUUUGGUUUAAUGAACCCCUGGUGCUGAGUCAGGGAGGGAAAGGAAGA